AUGAACUCUUUCUUCUUUACUACCUUCAUCUUUGCCACCGUUAUCUCUCUCGGUUGUUUAGCUUCAACCGGAUCUGCCACAUGCCAUCCCGAUGACGAGGCGGGUCUUCUAGCCUUCAAAGCGGGUAUAACCCGAGAUCCAUUGGGCUUGCUCAGCGAUUGGCAAAAAGGAAGUAUCUGCUGCUCCUGGAUGGGUGUCAUUUGCAUCACCAACGACCGUGUCACCGAACUGAGAUUAUCCGGAGGAGAGACCGUUCUUGGCAAAGGAACUCUCUAUGGAACUAUCUCACCGUCGCUGGCCAAACUUCAGCACCUGGAGGCGGUUUCCUUCACUGAUCUCAAGCUCACCGGAUCUUUCCCGCAGUUCCUUUUCCGGUUACCGAAGCUGAAACUAAUCCGCAUCUCCGGUACUUUAAUCUCCGGUCCAAUUCCGGUUAACAUCGGCGCGCUAACCAAUGUUGGAGAUAUCUCUCUUGAUGAUAACCGGUUCACCGGUCCGAUCCCGAGUUCGAUAUCCAAUUUGACACGGUUAACUUGGCUCGACCUACGAGGAAACCGCCUCCCCGGCACCAUCCCGGACGUUUUCAAAUCCAUGACUAAGCUCGGAGCUCUCAUCCUCUCCCGGAACGGAUUCUCCGGAGAACUUCCACCGUCGUUUGCUUCCCUUGCACGGAGUCUCGUCCACCUCGACCUGAGCCAGAACAAUCUCUCAGGGACGAUCCCUGACUAUUUCUCGAGAUUCAAGGCGCUCUCCAAGUUUGAUCUCUCGAGUAACCAUUACUCAGGCGUUGUGCCGAUGAGUUUCACCAAUCUCAAAAGUCUUUUCCAUGUCAACUUCUCACGAAACCACCUAACCGGACCAUUCCCUGCCUUGAACUUCGUCGGCGGCAUCGGUUAUCUGGAUCUCUCCUACAACCAGUUUCAUCUUAACACGAUUCCGGAAUGGGUGACUUCGUCGUCUAUCAUCUACAAUCUGAAUCUUGCUAAAUGCGGUAUCAAGAUGAGGUUUGAAGAUUGGAAGCCGAUGAAGAUAGGAUCUUUCAGUACCAUUGAUUUGUCGGAGAACGAGAUCUCAGGGAGUCCAGCUAGGUUCUUGAACAAGGCGGAUGUAUUGUAUGAGUUCAAGGCGUCAGGGAACAAACUCAGAUUCGACUUGGGGAAGUUAAAUUUCUCCAGUUCGUUGAGAAUCUUGGAUCUGUCAAGGAACUUGGUGUUUGGGAAGGUGCCGGCGGUUGUGGCCGGACUUGACUCGCUAAACUUGAGUCAAAACCAUCUUUGUGGGAAGCUUCCGGUGACAAAGUUCCCGGCCGCCGUGUUCGCCGGUAACGAUUGUCUUUGCGGAUCUCCACUUUCUCCUUGUAAACCUUUAGCGGCGAUGAAAGUUUCUAUUUAG